UCCCACCGGCGGAGCUGGCCCGGGGCGCUGUGCCCUCGCUCGGCUUCUCUCCGCCCCCCGCGCUGGCCGCGGGCUGCGCUGGGUCGCGGCGGGCCCCGCAGGCGGCCAUGGCGGCGGGCGCCGGGGCCAGGCCGGCGCCGCGCUGGGUGAAGGCGCUGGGCGAGCCGCUGAGCGCCGCGCAGCUGCGGCGGCUGGAGGAGCACCGCUACACGGCGGUGGGAGAGUCGCUGUUCGAGCCGCCGCUGCAGCUUUACUGGACCUGGCUGCUCCAGUGGAUCCCGCUCUGGAUGGCCCCCAACACCAUCACCCUCAUCGGCCUCGCCAUCAACCUGGUCACCACCCUAGUGCUCAUCUUUUACUGCCCUACGGUCACGGAGGAGGCACCAUACUGGACUUACUUUUUAUGUGCCCUGGGACUCUUUAUCUACCAGUCACUGGAUGCCAUUGAUGGGAAGCAAGCCAGAAGGACAAACUCUUGUUCUCCUUUAGGAGAACUGUUUGAUCAUGGCUGUGACUCUCUUUCCACAGUGUUUAUGGCCAUUGGAGCUGCGGUUGCUGUCCGCCUGGGAACACAUCCUGAUUUGUUGUUUUUCUGCUCCUUUAUCGGGAUGUUCAUGUUUUACUGUGCUCACUGGCAGACUUACGUCUCAGGGGUGCUGAGAUUUGGAAGAGUGGAUGUAACUGAGAUUCAGGUAGCUUUAGUGAUCAUCUUUAUAUUGUCUACAUUUGGAGGAGCAACAAUGUGGGACUAUACGAUACCUAUUCUAGAAAUAAAACUGAAGAUCUUUCCAGUUCUUGGAGUAGUAGGUGGAGCAAUAUUUUCCUGUUCAAAUUAUUUCCAUGUGAUCCUCCAUGGUGGUGUUGGCAAGAAUGGAUCUACUAUUGCAGGUACCAGUGUCUUGUCACCUGGACUCCACAUAGGAUUAAUCAUUAUAUUGGCAAUAAUGAUCUAUAAAAAGUCUGCAACAAAUGUGUUUGAAAAACACCCUUGCCUUUAUACCUUAAUGUUCGGAUGUGUCUUUGCUAAAGUUGCACAAAAAUUGGUGAUAGCUCACAUGACGAAAAGUGAACUCUAUCUUCAAGAUACUGUCUUUGUUGGUCCGGGUCUUUUGUUUUUAGACCAAUACUUUAAUAAUUUUGUAGAUGAAUAUGUUGUUCUAUGGAUAGCAAUGGUCAUUUCUUCAUUUGAUAUGAUGAUAUACUUUAGUUCUUUGUGCCUGGACACCUAUAAAUCUUGA